ACUUGUCCCUUUAUAGCCAAUGGGAAAAUUCAGACUUCUGAUAGAAAAAUCCAAGAUGAUUUUUGAUCGCAUGGGUUCAUAGAAGCAAAUACUUUGAUAGGUUGUGUGUUUUAUACAUACAACAUGUGGCAAUUUAAUAAAUUUCACAUGUACAGCCUACAUACAGCAGCCCAUGAUUAACAGUUAUUGUUAAUAAAACUGGAUUUCAUAUCGGCCUAGUCUAAUUAGCUGCUGCUCUAUAUUGAUAAGCACAUUUAUCUGUAUAAUUAUUGGGCUAAAAUAAGUAAUCACGUCUGUUCAGUUCACCCUAGUUCGUCUGAUCGCACAAUACUACUGAUUUAGAGUUAAAUGUAUCCAGUGUUAUUAGAUACACCACUGAGACCGGGGAUGGGGCAGACAGGAGAAUUGGAAACAAGACCCAAAACUAUGUUACUAUGGCAACAUAUAGACGAGCACACGCAAGUUGGGCAGUUCACUCUCCUGGACCUCAGCGCAAACCGGUAAUUCUGCAGCCGGACUAUGCAGGUCGUUCGCGGCACCGAAACACACACGUAACCUGUGGACUUUUGGGACGAAACGAGGAGUCAUGCGAAAGUACAGCACACUCACAGAAAAAAGUGAUAACAAUGAGAGACUGACCCAAAACGUCAGUAAUACUUUCAUGUCGACCAGUUUUGGAUACACAGGAUCUUGCCAUCAAACAAUGGCUUCUGACCGUUUGUAUAGUAAUCAAGACGAUGCCACGUGCACUCAGGUGGCGUCUUCCCGCCGGAGCUCAGAGAUUCAGCGGGGAAAGCCCAUACAUAUCCCCAGAGCCUUAGCAGAUGGCCCGUUUCUACAGUACCCGCGUCUCACUCCUGGACAGAGGUGUUACUUGUCCAGCAUUGCUAGUAUCUACAGCAUUGAACACGUGAGGAGGCAGAUGCAACAGCAUUAUCUGAACGUGCUCUACAGGUGCACCCAGGAAGACCUCUGUCCCUUCAAAGAAAGCAGAAGUGAAGAAGAGAGCAUGAUGAGUAAUGAGUGUGUCCAGAUGGACUCAGGCAUGACUACAGUAUCCAGAACUCCCAGCAGGAGCAGAAAAGACAGUGAAGACAGCAGCUUGGUUGCAGUAAAUGCUGUCGCCCUGCCCAAAAUCCCCAUCAAACAGGCCAGGAAGACAUCAAGACCUCUGGCUUCAAAAGAAAGAAAAACCAGAAAACCCAAGAAAAAAGUUCCUGUGGUGCAAGUGGCCUCCACAAAAGCAAGAAAACGAGAGGCAGACACCAGCAGGAGGAGCGAGAAGACCAGGGCAGAGUUUCUGAGCGAGAGCAUGGAGUCCCUCUCCAUACAGGAAUAAACGCUGCUUUUGAAAAUGUAAGACAAAAUCCAAAAAAUGAACAAUAUUUCUAACGCUGCACAAAACAAUGAAAUGGAUGAUUGCACAUAUUCCAAAGAAUCCGCGGUUUUUCAGGGACACCUGGCGAUGUUUCGUAUUUCAGGCAGGCGUGAUUGGUUUAUUCCCUUUGAGAGCAUUAGCCAAUCGCAGCCCCCGUUUCCAUACACUGUUCCAAACCACUGGACACAGAGACAGCCAGCAGAAUGUUUUUUGGUGCUUCAAGAGCAAGAAAUGUUUGCUCUGCACCAUUAGAACACAACGUGAGGGUUGCGCACGGUUGUUAAGGGGCUGAUAGGGGAACUGGGAUUAGGCUGUUUGAGGAAGUGCAGUUUUUUAUGGACUUUUUUUUUAGCAAGCUCAGGAGUAGUCAGGAUAAGAGUGCAACCAAUGCAGUAAUCAGCUCAAGGUUAUCCUAGGUUAAAAAGUGUUCUUUUGGGAAUGCGUAUUCAAAUACCUCUUCAUCAUAGAGAACGGUGGUUGGUCAGGAUGGUUUUACUCAGUGACAGUUGGUGAGGAUAGCUUUACAUCUCCUGUUCUGAUGUGAGCGAACCUGUGUACUUAGAAACUAGUAUAUGAGUUUUUGAUAGGCACUUACGAACACACGUUCCUGUGUUCCUUCAUUGUGGUGGCGAUACUUUUACCUCAAGUGGUGACUCCUUGUUCUGUAGAAGAGUUACAGUCAGGGAUGUAUGAAAAUAAGAUUGGGGACGGGUGGUGGGGGGGACAGUCUUCCCAAGAAACUGCAAGAACAUUAGCCAGAAAUGAUGGAUGUAAUGUGACAAUACUCCAGCAAACUGGAUUUGAAAUUAAACAAUUAAUAUGAGAUUAAACUGUCAGCUUUAAUUUGAGAGUAUUUACAUCUGCAUCGGGUGAUCCCUGAGGAAAUACAGCCCUUUUUAUACGCAGUUUCCCCAUUUUAGGGGAGCAAAAGCAAUUGGACAAAUUGGCUGCAGUGGGAGUGGCAAUGGGAGAGCAAGUUCAGUCAGGGGCACAGUUAGCAU